GGAGGGAGUUGGUGAAGCUAACGCAGUCUCACUGGCGUCGUUGCGAGACUCACGCAGGUGCGAGUUUGGUGGCGGCGGACGCAGACGUAGUGGACCGAAUUGCGCUUGGACAAAAGCCGUGUCGUUUGCGCCGUCAACUCUAUUCGAUUACAGUUGUUCCAAGUGGUUGUCGACCUUCUCUUCGUGGCCAUUUCAACCGUCCCGCUUCAACGUGUAUCGUCGGCGAAAUCCAUUCUCAUCGAACCGCCUAGAUGGUGGUGAAAAUGGCUACCAGUAACGGCGGAAGCCUGGCCGUCCUAGCCGGCUCAGAGGCCGGAAAUGGGAGCACUAGUGCCGGUGCUGGUGUUGACGGGACCGACGCCGUGGCCGAAGCUUGUUCAGGUGGACGCAUCCAAGACGACAUCGCCGACCACACGGAUGACGAACAAGGUGGCGAUGUCGGGUCGGAAGAUUCAGAUUCCAUGGAUUUCGACGACGACGACGACGACGAUGGAUCGGAUCUCAUGUCCAACACGACACUCGGCGAUGACAUCACCGCUCAGUUGGCAGCCGCUGGUCCCGUUGGGAUGGCGGCGGCUGCGGCCAUCAACUCGUCCAAGAAGCGGAAGAGACCGCACUCGUUUGAGACGAAUCCGUCCAUUCGUCGGCGGCAACAGACCAGACUCCUCCGCAAACUCCGGCAGACCAUUGACGAAUACGCCACUCGGGUCGGACAACAGGCCAUCGUAUUAAUCGCCACACCUGGAAAGCCGCAGAACAAUUUCCGGGUCUUUGGUGCCAAACCUUUAGAAGACGUUGUCAAAAAUGUCAAAUCCACAGUCCUCCAGGAUUUGGAAACGGCUUUGGCACACCACGCUCCACCCCCAGCUCAAGACGAUCCAUCGCUCUACGAGCUACCUCCGCUAGUCAUAGACGGAAUACCUACACCAGUCGAGAAAAUGACGCAAGCCCAGCUGCGAGCAUUUAUUCCGCUGAUGCUCAAGUUUUCCACAGGCCGAGGCAAACCCGGAUGGGGUAAAGAAUCCACACGGCCGCCUUGGUGGCCAGGAGAAGUACCUUGGGCUAACGUCCGAAUGGACGCUCGCCCCGAAGAUGACAAACAAAGGGUAUCGUGGACGCAUGCAUUGCGGCAAAUCGUCAUCAAUUGUUACAAGUAUCACGGACGGGAAGACCUACUUCCCGCCUUCUCCGAAGAUGCAACGGAAGAAACUAGUCGUCCAGCCAAAGUGAUAAAAACAGAAACAGAAACGGAACAGCAACAAGCCGAUCGAACAGCUGAAGUUCAGCCACCACAACAGCAGCAACAACAGCAACAACAACAGCAGCAACAACCACCGUCGUCUCAACCGGCCCAACUUCAACAGCAACAGAAUGUCCAGCAAUUGGUUCAAUCGACUCCGGCUUCUACUGCUCAGUAUGCACCAACAGUCGUUCAAACCAUCAGCAAUCCAGACGGGACAGUGUCCAUCAUUCAGGUCGAUCCUCAUUCAUUCACUAAUUCAUUCUUCCAGGUGGAUCCCAACAAUCCCAUCAUCACACUGCCGGACGGAACAACAGCUCAAGUGGUGGCCACCCAAGGAGUGGCCACCGUCAAUCAGUGCGAUGAUGAUGAUGGCAAUGGCGGCCACGACCAACAGCAGCAACAGUCUGAUCGCAAUCAUCACCUCAUCAAUCCCAAGCCCAUGAUUUGGCAAUUCGUGCCCACUUCGCAAAUCACGGGAGUCACGAAUUCAGACGGCGUGACGACGCUCACCAAUUCCGCCGAUGGCACGACAGUCACCACCGUCGACUUGUCGGCCGUUACCGAGUCCACCAUUGGUCAAGAAGGACAGCACCACAUCCUCCUCACCGGUGAAGAUGGCCAAACGUAUCCAGUCAGCGUCUCAGGAAUGAUCACCGUCCCGGCCAUGUACCAGGCCGUCGUUGCCAACAUCUCACAGAUGGGUCAAUCGGAUGCUUCUGUCCAGGUUUUGGGACCUUUAAUAUCGUCCCUACCGAAAUCAGAUUCUAAUGGAGGAGAUGAUGGAGCCAUGGUGUCGACAACUUCAGCAGCAGCAGCAGCAGCAGGGACAGCAGCCGGGGGAAUGAACGUCGGAGGACUGUCCGUCACCCCCGUCCUGGCACUGGGACCCAACGGGACGCAGCAACACAUCCUGCAGGUAUUUGACGUUAAUCAAUCUCGUACCACCAUGUGGCUAACGGGCGACGGGCAAAAGGUGACGGCUGCACCCAUGGUGACUUCACAGCUUCUCGGCGAAGUCGACUCCUCCAUUUUGGCAUCGGCCAUGCAGCAGGUGACGUCAGGUGACGUCGAUCUUCAAGAAACGUCACCCUCUUCCAAUUCAGAAUAGACUAAUAAUCAACGCCCAGUCUAUACUCUGACAUUUAUCGCUGAUUGUGUGUAUCAUAAUAGGCAACACUCGCUAUAUUUGAUAUGUUGUGUGUACGUGUACUUACCAUUUCGUUCGUUAUAGUGGGUCUGCGUGUGUGUGUGUGUGUGUACGUACGUGUUUAUUAUUGUAUAACAAUCGGCCGGUGAGCUUUUCUCCCUCAAUUGAGGGGGAAAUCAUUUUUAUUUCAUUAAUUCAGAUGGUGAAUUAUUCUAAUUGCGUUUUAUCACUGGUUUUGUAUUUUUCCACCCGUUGUUACAAUUAGUUUGGGGCCAGCUAUAUAUCGUCUACAAUCGAGGAAUCCCGAUUGUAACGCGUGAAUGUUUGAGUAAAGCACAUCAUUAUAUAUAUAAUCUUUAACUAAUAAAAUUAGACUUAUUCACGCCACUCUAAACUAUUCAGAGCUCAACUUGGACGUGAAAUCCCGUUUCACUCGAGAAUUGACACGACAAUGCGACAAGUUGUCUUACCUGUAAAUAAUAUAGGCUAUACGAUGUUUGGAAAUUAGUUCUUCUCGUGGAAAUUAUGUUGUGCCCCCAUCAUUUCUAUUUACUUUAUAUUCAAAAUCUUUGCGUGUAUAAGCUGUUCAUCUCGGUGUGAAAUCUGUGCUGUUCUCCAUUAUUUUAUCGUCGAUUUUCUUACAAUUUGGUAUAUAUAUAUAUUACUUUGGCAUUUCUCUCGGUUUGUCACCGACUGCUGUCCUAAACAAUCAUCUUCCCUGUCACGACGCACCUUUCACGAUAUGUACCGCCAGUGUAAUACAAUUGGUCCAUGAAUAUA